UUCUAUCUACGAACCCUAAUUCAUUCAUUCCGCCGCUCCUCCAUCUCCUUCAUACUUUCUCUCUGCAAACUAUCUUCUUCUACCUCAUCAUCGCUUCCAUCUAUCUUCAACAAACAAAUCUGAAACCCUAAAAGCAAGCUAUCUACUUACAAAUCAAUAGAGAAGGACCCGAGAGAGAGAUGGGGGAGCCAUUCAAUGGUUCUGACGGCCGCCGGUUUCUACGAUGGCCGUUCAUCACCAAGAAAAACACGGGUUCAUGAAUUUAGGGUUUCCAACACGUACAAGUCUUGAAAGCAUCUUGUACAACACUUCAAUACACACCACACUAACAAACACGGGUACAUGAAUUUAGGGUUUCCAUAACAUCCUCAUUCUCCGCCCCCAUCUCCCUUCCCUUCUAUCUCCUUUCUCUCUCCUGGAAACCUAAUUUGAGAUUUGUAGAUGAAAAUGGCAAGCAAAACAAGGUGAGAUCUGAGACUUUUUCUUUCUUUAGUUGCAAUCGGUGAAUGAAGAUGGAACAACUUGAGGUGAAAACAUCCUUCGUACACACAAACCAGUACAAACAUCACUGGAAAUCAGAAGGUUGAAGCUUCGGUGUAGUUUUAAUCAGGUGAACAUGUCAAACAAAACAAGCCCAGAUCUGAGACUUUUUCUUUCUUUAGUUGCAAUCCGUGAAUGAAGAUGGAACAACUUAAGGUUUUAGCGGAUUUGGAUGAAAUAACGAGUAUGAAAGUUGUCAAAUUGUUGGUGAUAUUUGUGAACCUUCUCCUACUUGUCCUGCUAAUCUUGAUGGCGAUUGCGGCUCGGAUGAUUCAGCUGGAUGGGUAGGGGAGUUCUUCCCUAGCAUUCCCAAAAAUAUGUAUGAGGUGAGAAGAUUAAUAGUCGUUAUCGCGUUUAGAUGAAUUAUAUGUUGGCCAACUAGCAAGAAUCCACUUGCGUAUAAAUGGUACAAUCCCAACGAGGAGAUUCAUGGGGAAGAAUAUGAAGGAUUGGCUGCGAUUUAGUGUUGCUUUUUGGCACACGUUUCGUGGAACCAGGGGUGAGAUGUGGCCAUGGGAAGACGGUACUAAUUCUUUAGCCAUGGCUAAAAGAAGAAUGAGGGCUAACUUUGAGUUUCUUGAAAAGCUCGGAGUGGACAGAUGGUGCUUUCGUGAUAGAGAUAUUGCUACGGAUGCCGAAACAUUGGAGGAAACCAAAGCAAAUCUGGAUGAAGUUGUAGCUCUUGCGAAAGAACUUCAGGCAUGGUUUUUUGAAGCUGCUGUAGGUUAUAAAAAGAAGAUUGGAUUCAAUGGUAUUUAUGCUUUUCUUUUUGAUACCGUCAUCAAACGUCUAGAAGGUUUCUUUUAGUCGCAGCCGAAGAACUUUCUUGGAGGAGAAUGGUUGAAGAAGCUGGCGACGGUGACGACGGUUUACAAGAGCACCGCGAAUCUGUCAAUUAAUACACUUUUUUUACUUUAUAUGAGAAAAUCACAAAAGUAGAUUUAUAAUUUUUUAACAAGCUCAGAUCUGAUGUGUUUCUUCCGAGCCAUGAGUUUAACAAGUCAUUACACGUUUAUUAAAUUCAUCCAUCUGUAUACGACCACUCUGCGGUUAUGUUGUUACCGACUCAGAUUUUGAUCGCGUGUCUCUACAGGGUGACCGAAAGUAGAAGGUUGGUGUGGUUGAUGCUGAAUACAUUAUUCGUGUUGUGUUGGGUUGGGCUGAGCCGCCUAUGGUUUAAAUGUUCUAUAAAUAAUGAUUUGAGUUAGUACGAUUAUGAAAACAAUAUUAUUACAAUGGUAGUAGUAUAAACCCUUGAAGGUUUUGAGCAUUAAAAAUAGAUUUUGGGCGAGUUUCUAUUAUUUUUACCCAUUCUCUUUCAACGAAUAAUGUUAAUAUCUGACCAAUAUGAUCCAUUUGAGGUAAAAUAUUAACCAAUUCGACCCAUUCGUAUGUGUAAUUAGUUUGAAAUUGCCAUAUCUAACUUUUCAGGUGGCGGUGGUGGUGGUGGUCGUGGUGUUGUGAAGCCGGCUGAUGCAUCGGUUUAGAAAACCAUACCGGGCCUGCCAAAGGCUCAACCGAGUAAUGCAGUUCCGCUCAGUUCUGGCACCUUUGGUUCUGAUUCUUCUACACCUGUUAAGGGUUCGGCUGAUGCUUCUAGGGCAUUUCCUCUUUAGUUUGGGUCAAUUAGUCCCAGUGUUAUCAACGAAAUGCAGGCUCGUACUAAUUCCUUAAAGGCUGCAUCUUCCCAAAAUUCAGAUGUCUCGAAACAACGCUUGCCAAGGAAAGAUCCGGGGCCUGUUGAACAACCAGGUGAGGCCUGUGUCCAGUCUCAAAAGAGAAAAAAGACGCGCUUUCUUCACCUUCUGGGCCUUUUGCAGCUCAUGCUCAGAAACCUACCAAUCCUCCUAUAUCUUCUUUCCUUCCGGCCAGGAGUUUUCAGCUUAAAUGUUGCACCACUAAAAGAACAUGCAAGUGCUAUUGAUAGCUCAUCGGGAUCAAUUUCCACCGUUGUAAAUGUUAAUGUUCUUAGUGCUGAAACUUCACUAAAUUUGGGAUCUUCUCAUGAUGAUGAUAAAGGAGAUAUAAUCAGAAAGUUUGAUGUUGACCAGGUCAAUAGUAGAAAUCUAUUACGGUUUAUGUUCCAGAGGCUUUACCUUUGGCUAAAAAGUAUUAUAGAGACUUCCUACUGACAUUCUCUAAUCACUGUACUGAUCUUCCAAAAUGUUGUUUUUGACUUUUAGUGACGACAAAAGUCGCCGCUAUUGCGAAAAUUCUUUGUAGUGAAACUUGAAAAUUAUUAGAUCAUCUUGAUUCAUUGUUA